AAAUUAACCCGUCCCAGCAAUUAAUCUUCCAGAUCUCCAUUUCCAUUUCUUCUCCUUCCUCCGCCUCCUCCUCUAGAUGCGGCUUUGAAGAACUCUCACAUACAAAUCACAGUCGACGGUAUAGUUGUUAGAAAAGAAACAAUUGGAAUUGUGCAGAUCUGAGAGGAGAAUUGGGAGAUCGGAUUCAGAUUUCUCAGAUCUGAGAUUAACAAUGGAGAAGUCUUGUAGCCUACUGGUGUACUUCGACAAGGGGACGCCGGCGCUGGCGAACGAAAUCAAAGAGGCUUUGGAAGGAAACGAUGUCGAAGUGAAGAUCGAGGCUCUGAAGAAGGCGAUAAUGCUCCUCCUUAAUGGCGAGACGAUUCCCCAGCUGUUCAUCACCAUCAUCCGCUAUGUUCUCCCCUCUGAGGACCACACCAUCCAGAAACUUCUCCUUCUCUACCUGGAGAUCAUUGACAAGACCGAUUCCCGAGGCAAAAUCCUUCCGGAGAUGAUCCUCAUCUGCCAGAACCUCCGCAACAAUCUCCAGCAUCCCAACGAGUAUAUCCGCGGCGUCACUCUCCGCUUCCUCUGCCGCCUCAACGAGGCCGAGAUCGUCGAGCCUCUCAUCCCUUCCAUUCUCUCCAAUUUGGAGCAUCGCCAUCCCUUCGUCCGCCGCAAUGCCGUCCUCGCCGUCAUGUCCGUCUUCCGCCUCCCCCACGGCGACCAAUUGCUCGUCGAUGCGCCGGAGAUCGUCGAAAAGUUCCUCUCCACCGAGCAAGACCCUUCCAGUAAGCGCAAUGCCUUUCUCAUGCUCUUUAAUUGCGCCCAGGACCGGGCUCUCAAUUAUCUCUUUACCAAUGUUGAUAGAAUCAAUGACUGGGGCGAGCAGCUCCAGAUGGUUGUUUUGGAAUUGAUUAGGAAGGUCUGUAGGGUUAAUAAGUCUGAGAAGGGCAAGUAUAUUAAGAUUAUUAUCUCUUUGUUGAAUUCCCCUUCAACUGCCGUGAUUUAUGAAUGUGCCACCACCCUCGUCUCCCUCUCCUCCGCCCCCACCGCCGUUCGGGCUGCUGCCUCCACUUACUGCCAGCUUCUGCUCUCCCAGAGCGAUAACAAUGUCAAGCUCAUUGUCCUCGACCGCCUUAAUGAGCUCAAGGCCUCCCAUAGGGAGAUCAUGGUUGAGCUUGUCAUGGAUGUCCUCAGGGCCCUUUCCACUCCUAAUCUCGACAUUAGGAGGAAGACCCUGGAUAUCGUACUCGAUUUGAUAACACACAGGAAUGUCGAUGAGGUUGUUCUUUUGUUGAAGAAGGAGGUUGUCAAGACUCAAAGCGGCGAGCAUGAGAAGAAUGGAGAGUAUAGGCAGAUGCUGGUGCAGGCCAUACACACCUGCGCCAUCAAGUUCCCUGAGGUUGCCAGCACUGUUGUGCAUCUUUUGAUGGAUUUCUUGGGUGACACCAAUGUCGCUUCCGCCAUCGAUGUGGCUGUUUUUGUGCGUGAGAUUAUUGAGACCAAUCCCAAGCUGCGUGUUUCUAUUAUAACGAGGCUGCUCGAUACUUUUUACCAGAUUCGCGCCUCGAGGGUGUGCGCUUGUGCUCUUUGGAUUAUCGGUGAGUACUGCCUCUCGCUGUCCGAAGUUGAGAGUGGAAUUGCAACCAUUAAGCAGUGUCUUGGGGACCUCCCGUUUUUCACGGCCACAUCAGAGGAAGGGGAGGGCCAAGAUACUCAACAAAAGGCCUCCCAGCCUGUGAGCUCCGCCACUGUAUCUUCUAGGAGGCCGGUGGUUCUCGCAGAUGGAACCUAUGCCACCCAGAGUGCUGUAUUAGAAACUGCCAUGUCCCCUCCCACACUUGUACAAGGAUCCUUGGCUUCUACAGGAAACUUGAGAUCUCUUAUUCUUUCGGGUGACUUUUUCCUUGGGGCUGUUGUGGCUUGCUCUUUGACGAAGCUCGUCUUGAGAUUGGAAGAGGUCCAGCCUUCUAAAACUGAAGUUAACAAAACAACAACACAGGCUCUGUUGAUUAUGGUCUCUAUGCUGCAGCUGGGUCAGUCAUGGGUUCUUCCGCAACCAAUAGAUAAUGACUCUCAUGAUAGGAUUGUACUCUGUAUCAGAUUACUAUGUAAUACAGGUGAUGUUGUGAGAAAGAUAUGGCUGCAGUCCUGCAGAGAAAGCUUUGUGAAAAUGCUUGCGGAUAAACAACGCCGGGAAACAGAGGAAUUAAAAGCAAAGGCCCAGGUAUCUAAUGCACAACCAGAUGACCUCAUCGAUUUCUACCAUUUGAAGAGCAGGAAGGGUAUGAGCCAGCUUGAGUUGGAGGAUGAGGUCCAAGAUGAUCUCAAACGUGCUACAGGAGAGUUCACCAAAGACGGAGAUGAUGCAAAUAAACUUAAUCGCAUUCUUCAGCUCACAGGAUUCAGCGAUCCUGUUUAUGCCGAAGCAUAUGUUACAGUUCAUCAUUAUGAUAUUGUACUUGAUGUCACUGUUAUCAAUCGUACCAAGGAGACUCUCCAGAAUUUGUGCUUGGAGUUGGCGACGAUGGGUGAUCUCAAACUCGUGGAGCGUCCACAGAACUAUACUCUAGCUCCUGAAUCAAGCAAACAGAUAAAAGCAAAUAUUAAGGUGUCUUCAACUGAAACGGGGGUCAUAUUUGGCAAUAUUGUAUACGAGACUUCUUCAAAUGUGCAUGAUAGGAUGGUAAUUGUCCUCAAUGACAUCCAUAUUGAUAUAAUGGAUUACAUCUCUCCUGCAUCUUGCGCUGAUGUGGCAUUUAGAACAAUGUGGGCUGAAUUCGAGUGGGAGAAUAAGGUCGCUGUAAAUACCAUUAUUCAAGACGAGAAGGAAUUCUUGGACCACAUUAUAAAGUCAACAAAUAUGAAGUGUUUGACUCCUCCGUCUGCACUGGAAGGCGAGUGUGGAUUCCUUGCGGCUAACUUGUAUGCGAAGAGCGUUUUUGGUGAGGAUGCAUUGGUGAAUUUAAGUAUCGAGAAACAAACAGAUGGUAAGCUGAGUGGAUACAUCAGGAUAAGAAGUAAAACUCAAGGUAUUGCUCUGAGUCUUGGGGACAAGAUCACCUUGAAGCAGAAGGGCGCCGCAUAAUCGGACUCGUUGCCUUAGUUUUGCAGCUUCUUUUUUCCUGGUUCAAAAUCAUUAGUCACUAUUUUGCCAACAUGAUCCACAUAACUUUCCAUCUCGCAGUUAUAUUCUACUGAGACUCAGUUUUAUUAUCAAUUCUUCCCCUACUUACUUUGAAUUUCUUACAGAUUCAAAUAGACGAGCCUAUCAAUGAGAAAAUAAUUGUAUCUUGGAUCUCUGGCUGUUAAAUUUU